GUGCGGCCAGCCACGGCCGCUCAACACUCCUGAUCCAGUACCCUGUGCCUGAUCCAGUCCAAGUUUUCCCGCCGCCUUUUUUUAAAAACCACCUCUACUUUGGAGCAGUGAAAAACACAGCAGCGUCUCGGGCAGCAGAUGACCCGGCGCAGCAGCCAGGAGCACAGCAGUCUCUAACAAAUGAAAGGAUGGGGGGCAUCAGCAGCAGCAGCAGCUGAAUUCAGAAAAACUGGAUCAGGGGCCGAGGGAGGAGAACCGCUUUCUGCUCACUCUUGGGUCACUUUUAUUGGAUUUAUUCCCCGGUCCACACCAACAUGCCAUUUGCCAAACGGACCGUGGAACCUCAGUUACUGUGCAGGUAUCAAAUCCCAAACGAGGACGGUCUGCUUUUCGAGGAUCUGGUCUCCAUCAGUAAUGUGGCUCUAUCUCGGACCUUACGGCAGCUGUCGGACCUUGCCAGACAUGCCUGCUCCAUAUUCCAGGAGCUGGAAAACGACCUUACAUCCACCAACCGGCGGGUCAGCGGGCUCCAGAGUAAGAUUAACCAACUUCAGGAGACGUGCUCCGAGCUGGACCCCAAGCAGGAGGCAGUGCCGGUGUCUAACCUGGAUGUGGAGAGUAAGCUGACAGCACAUUAUCAAGCUCCCUGGCACCAGCAGAGGAACAUCUUCCACCCCUCCACACGGCCAGCAUGUGUAGAAGAGCUCCACAGGCAAGCCAGCAUCAGCCUGUGGGCCGUGCACCGAGAUGCCCAGAGGAGACGAUCGGGCAGCAGGGAGCGGAGAGUAACCAUCUCGAUCUCGGCGUUGCCCCCGAUGCCCUUGUACCCCUCCCCACACAUCAACCAGAGGCAAGACAAGAAGGGCAUCAAUCUGACAACGUUCGAAUCCACCCGCUCGUCCUCCCCCACCGAAUGUUGCCGCUUCUCCCCCUGGAGCAGAAAGGCUGCGCCCUUUGACCCCGACACUGACGGGGUGGCUCUAGGUCACCGGUCUAAGUUUCCCAUCCCUAACACCCCCUCCACCCUGGACAAGCAGACUAACUGGUCUAAAGCUCUGCCGCUGCCCACCCCAGAGGAAAGAAUGAAAAGCAGUUCCCAAGUCAUCAACUCAUGUGUCAUUCCCAUUAAUGUGACUGGGGUUGGCUUUGACAGAGAUGCUAGUGUGCGCUGCUCGCUCGUCCACUCGCAGUCUGUGCUUCAGAGGAGGAGGAAGCUGAGGAGACGCAGGACUGUCGCCGGCGUUCCCAGACAGGUGCAGCAGGAUUUAGACUCUGAUGACUCUCCCGGCUCCAGAGAGCGCACGGUGAUCGUACAUGCCGGUCCUGACAUCACUCCCUCCAGUGACGAUCUGAACAGUCAUCUCAGCACCAGAGACUCAGGUUGUCAGACGGAAGACUUUUUGAUCUCAGGAGCGCCGUCUCGGAGGAGGAUCAGAGCCCAGAGAGGUCAGGGAGUCUCCCUCUCCCUCUCUCACUCUGCAGGCAACAUCUCGUGCCUGCCGGACAGCUCCGACGCCAUGUUCAACACCUCUGUGGGCGCACGGUUUCGCUCUCGGAGUCUUCCCCGAGACGGGAACAGGAUGUUAGACAACGGGCACAACGACAGCGACGACGACGAGGUGGAGCUUUCUCCCUUCGACGCUGAGGACUUCCUGCCUGGACCUGGGGAGUUGAUGCUGAAGGAUGAGGAGAGCACGGACGACCAGGCCAUGUCCGAACACCAGCUGGGCCUGAAGUACAAGCAGCUCUCGGAGAGUCCGGAGCGUAGCUGGAUGGAGAGGACCAGAUCUCAGCUGCCGAGGAAGGCCGACAUGGGCAGCUGUGAGAUCUCGUCCAGUUCGGACACCUUCAGUAGCCCCGUCCAUUCUGUCUCAGUCGCCGGGGUGCUCGGAGGCCAGAUGGACCACAAGGACGACCACCAGUCCUCGAGUGGGAACUGGAGCGGCAGCAGCUCCACCUGCCCCUCGCAGACCUCAGAAACAAUCCCCCCAGCGGCCUCUCCGCCGCUGACGGGCUCCUCGCACUGUGACUCCGAGCUCUCUCUGAACACUGCCACUCACGCCAACGAUGACCAGACGGGCUUCAUGCUGGACCACUACCAGGGCCUCAGGACCCAGCGGGCGGGCUCCUUCUCCUCCACAGCUAUGGACAUAUUAGAGGAAGCAGGGGUCAGCACUCCCAUCGAGGGGGAGUGGAGUUACCCCCAUCCGGACCCUCCGCGCCCGCAGGACUUCAGCCCUGAGCCGAGCAGGGAGGCUGAGAGCAGCCUGGGCUGCCCCAGCUUCACCAGCAUGGCGACCUGCGAGAGCAGCUUCUCCGACAAACCUCCGUCGGAGAAAGCCGACACCGUCUCGCACUACUCCGUAGACACUGAAGGCUACUACACCUCCAUGCACUUUGACUGCGGUCUGAAAGGCAGCAAAAGCUUCACUUAUAACUAUGCAGCACCGGGCUCCGACUGCGGCCUCUCUGACUUGAGUGGUCACAUGACUCUGGGGAGACGCUGCCUCUCUUUAAGGAAGCCAAAGGCGAAGCCGUCUCCGCCUCAGAGGAGUUCAUCCUUAAGAAAAAUAUGCAGCGAUGGAAACAAGAAAGAACCAAAGAUUUCCUGCGGGCAGCAGCUUCCAGCAUCGUCCAAGGAGAGGAAGCUGCAGCUGGCUUUGUCGGGCUCUAACUCGUCACUGGUCAAAGAGCUUCAUGCGGUCUGGGGGGUUGAGGACUCAGCCGAUCUACCUGAUUUAGGCGUGUUUAGCUCCACGGAUGCACAUUCGUUCAAAGACGAGGGGGUUGUUCAGUCGGACUACGCAGAUCUGUGGCUCCUGAAUGAUUUAAAAUCCAGCGAUCCUUACAGAUCUUUGUCGAACUCCAGCACGGCGACGGGCACGACUGUCAUCGAGUGCAUCAAGUCGCAGGAAAGCUCCGAGUCUCAGACGUCGGGCUCCAGAGCCACCACCCCCUCGCUUCCAUCAGUGGACGGAGACUUCAAGCUGACAUCUCCAGAGAAGCUGGCGGGCCUCGCCAGCCCAUCCAGCGGCUACUCCAGCCAGUCGGAAACUCCCACCUCCACGUUCCCCUCCGCCUUCUUCCCUGGACCCCUGUCGCCAUCCAGCGGCAAGAGGAAGCCCAAAGUCCCGGAGAGGAAGUCGUCUCUUUCGUCGCUGUCGCUGCAGUCGCUCUCCUGCAGGGAUGGAGCCGCCUCCAAGAGAGACCUGGAGCUGCCAAUCAUCCCUCCAUCACACCUCGACUUAAGUGCCCUUCAUAGCGGUAACAAGGCUUCAGCCUACAGGACGCAGAUUCAGAUCCUCCACCAAAACAAACAGAGAGCAGCCAAACCUGCAGCGCCACCGAACUCGGAGGUGUUCAACGCCCGCCCUUUGGCCAUCACGCCCACAGUGCUGCACUCAGUUCAGCUCCGAUCCUUCAGCAAGGAUCUCCAGGGAUGCCGUGAGGACAAGACAACUUCCAGACACAAAUGUCCCACUGUGAACUUAACCAGCACGCUCUCCACUAGUAAAUCCUUGGAGCUCAAGAGUCCCCCGUUAUACAACUCACAUCACACAUCCUCGAAGGGGUCGUGUGAGUCGAUGUUUACCUCAAACGAAGAGCUCGCGGACGGAGAAGCAGCAUGUCAGGCCGAGACGAGGAGCAACGAGGACAGAGAGGCUCCUUUAGAGAGCGCGACGGCAUUCAAGCUGCAGGCAGAGUCGGACGUCACCGAGACGACCACGAGUCACGAAGGAGAGUCGGUAGAAACACUCGUCUGCUCCGGAGACGGCAGCUCGCAGUCUGAGCCUUUACAAGAGCGACAAACUGAGCCGGUGGAAGCAGAAGAAGAAGAAGAAGAAGACAAAGAAGAAGAAGAAGCAGGUCCUCCUCACAGCUCACCCAAAAGAUCCAACAGUCUCGAUGAAGUGUCUGCCACUGACGGCCAAUCGGUGACGCUGCAGGAGAGUUCAGUCAUCACAGAUGUGGAGGACGAGACAUCAGGUGUCUCUCAGGACGGCAAAGAGGAGCCAACGACAGAGGCCGAGGAUUACUUCAGUAAAGACUCUCCACCCGGCGAUAAUGCAUCGUCCGCCGGGAGCGAUGAGUCCAGGCCGGAGGACGACGCUGUGUUUCUGUCUCCCACCAAAACUCGGACCACCGAGGAUCUGUUCGCGAUGAUUCACAGGUCCAAAAGGAAAGUGUUGGGCAGGAAGGACUCGACCGAGCUGGGUGUGAGGAACCGCCUCAGUGCUGCUUCAGGAAACACACCGCCCAGCAGCGCCGUGAGCUCACCGGUCCCACUGAUGUCACCAUCAUCAUCCUCCUCCUCCUCCUCCCCCUCCUCUCCAGCUGUGACCCCACCAGGACUGCAGAGGGUCACCGGGUCCAUCUACAGGAACGCUAAGAAGUCCAGCACCUCCAACGAGGAGUUCAAACUGCUGCUGCUUAAAAAGGGCAGCCGCUCUGACUCAAGUUACCGCAUGUCAGCUACGGAGAUCCUCAAGAGCCCCGUCGCUCCUAAAUCACCCGGAGACUCCCUGAUGGAGUCACCCAGACAACCUGAAGAGCCCGCCUUCCCUCUGCAACAGCAGCAGCAGCAUCCAUCAGGACCAGAUCAGCCCUCCAGCCCUUACCCCAAAGCAAACUCUGAGGGCUUCUCCCCGAAAUCCUUCCCCACGUCGGCCUCUUCCAGGCAGGGCCGCUCCAGAAUCCCCCCGCCCGCCAACAGCAGCCGCUACGGCAUGCGCAGCAGGCUGUACUCUGCGCCCAUGCAGGCGAUCUCCGAGGGCGAGACGGAGAACUCAGACGGGAGUCCUCAUGACGACCGCUCACAGGACUCCACGUAAAAAAACAAAAACAAAAAAAAAACACAAGAUGUAUCGAAAGGUAUGAAAUUAUUUUGUUAGUUUACAGUCAAACGGACCAGAAUGAGUUAUAAUAUAUACGAGAUGAGGCGAGCGGAGGAGCAUUGAUGAGGAUAAUGUAGUUUAUGUAGAACAUUAGAGAUAAAACAUGUUGUUAAUCAUGAAUUUUACUAAUUUCAGAGCUAUUUCCUUCUGGAUUAUUCUGGAUUACAUGAACAUUUUUACCAGAUUAAAUGAGAAAAACAUGAUUCCAGUUCAGUUUUACAGAUAAAAAACUGUUCUGCUGUCAGAUUCAUCUUCAGAAUUAAGAAACAAAGCUCAAAGUUUGACAGUUUUAUCAGUAUCUUGUAAAAAUAGAGAAAUAUAUUGGAUUAACUUUAUGUAUUCUGUGAAUACCUAUGCAAUUUUUUACAUUUCUUCAAAACAGAUUAUUUUGAAAUCCCCUCGACUGAACAUCAAAACAAAACACUGUGAGAAACAGCAGUGAGUGAAGCCUCAAAUUGAAUAAAUCACAUUGAUGAUUUUUUUGUAUUUUACAAUAAAUUCAAAUUCUCACGCAAUAAGAAGAAAGCCGAGCGCUGACUUGACAAUCUUGAGGACGGAGGAGGAGGAGGAGGUGUUAACGGGGGGAGAUGAAAAGUGAUCAAAAAAGUUGGAGGUUGUGAAACAGGAGCGGCGUUAAAGAAUAAAGGAGGUCAUGUGGGGUGUUUUUUUUUUAUAAUGGUCUUUUCUGGUUUGCUGACUUGGUGUGUUUUAUGAAUUGUUGAAAGAGGCGAGUGGAAAGUGUUUAAGGAGGAUCUAAAAUGCCUUAUUUUUACUCUGAAGACGGGAAGUGACGGAGCAGCUCGGGUCUUGAUGGAGGAUGUCGGGUUUAAAAUUUGGAGCGAUCUUCUUAAAGAACAAGUUCUGGAUUUACUAUUUUGUAACCAAACGCUUGUCUAUUUUAUCUCCCCCAUCAAAAUCGAAUUCAUAUUUUCUGUGUCGCAAACAAUCGAAAAUAUAUUUAUUUUUAUAGCGGACGCAGGAAAAAAAAAAAAAACUCCAAAACUUCAACAAAACAAAAAACUGAAAUAUUUGGAUGGAAGUUAUGCAAUGAAUGAAUUUCUGGUUUUAUUAAUAACAUAUUUUAUUCAGAUACUUAUUUUUGUUUAUAAGAGACACAUUUAAAAAAAAUCUUCAGACACUGGUUGCAGAGACAAACUGUCAUUAAACGAUACAGUCAUAAGCUACGCGUGAGGUUUCAGCUGUCCCACAUAUUCAGUAAUUAUGUAUCGCAGCGAUGGUACUCGACCAUUAUGCAAAGAUGACUCUAUGUAGCCAUAUAACCCUAUGGAAGACUGUAGGUACACUGUAAAUAUCGACUUAUUUUGGCCUUAAUGAUACUCCGUACUAAUGCAACGUCAUAUAACAGGGUACACGGUGGGUUUUGUCUGUGAGCCUUCAUUCCAACCUUUUUAUUUUUUUUGUUUUUUGCACUGAUAAAGUGACGUUUGUGAAGUUUCAUGUGUCUCUUGCUGUACCCGGAGAUAUUUAUAGACUUUUACACGGAGUUGUUUGACGUUUCCUUGAAUCAUAUCCACACUCUGAGUACUCUUUAGGAGUGGAGUAGAUGCUUCUGCCAAAGGCUAGAACAUGCACAUGUUAUAGCGACUGUGUUUUUAUUCUCUCUUCUCGUUUACUUGACUGAAACGACCUUGAAAACAUAAAAAAAAAAAGCCAACUAAAUAAAGAAGAACUUGUGGUACUCGAUGCAUUUCACGUCACUUCACAUCAACCUCUGCAUACUGUAGGUAUCAGCUUUGUAUUUUUUUGUACAAACUUGUAAAUACGAUAACUUUUGGAGUCGUCGUGAGUUGUUUCUUAUGUAAAAAAAAAACAAACAAACAAAAAGUUUACAUUAAUUUCAAACCUUUGUAUAUUUUUGAGCUGUGGAACACUUUGUCUUGUAUUUAUUUUUUAGUAAGCAUUGUGGAAAUCCCCAUAGUAAAAUCCUAUCAAAGCCAAGUGCUAGCACCACAGGCUGCUUAGCAAAUGUGUAUAAAAAGACAAAUAAAUGUGACUGCUUUGAAAAAAA